ACCUGUGAUUUUAAAUUACAGUUAUUUAAUUAACUACCUCCAAUUGAGUCAGACACUUCUCUUUGACUUAUAACUGUCUAUCUGAAUCUCUACUCCUCUACAAAUAAAAAUGGCUAAAACCCCAAACACCCAUCACAAUCCCUUCAAAUCAGCAUCUUCCAAUCCCACCUGCAGCCUUUUAAUUUAUAAGAUAAUUAAACUUUUAAUUAUCUAUAGCCCAUUAACCAGUAGAAAUGCCAUUCCAAAAAUUUCUUUCUGGUUCACCUCUUCUCCUUCUCAUUUCAUUUAUUGGAUUAUUGCCAAUAACUGCUUCUGGGUAUGGAUCAUCAGGUCCAAUAGCAGCUGCAUUUGGUGAAAAUGGGUUCUUUUGUGCUAUAGAUGCUGGCGGAAAGCAAGAUAUCACAUGUUGGGAUAAAGAUGAUAAUUUUUCAGUUUCAUCAUCAAAAGCAUAUUUUAGCUCUCUUCCAUCAAUGGCAUCCUUAUCUGGUGGUGAGGGUUUCCUUUGUGGCAUUUCAUCCAAUAUCUCUCAGGCAUUUUGUUUUAGCAUGUUAGAUCCAGGUACAAACCUUGUUCCAAAAAAUUUUAGAGCCAAUUCUUACUCACAAAUAGCUGCUGGUAAAUAUCAUGCUUGUGCUAUCAGAGGAUAUUACUUUUCUAGUACCGGAUAUGGUAAUAUUGAUUGUUGGGAAUUCAAUCAAACAUUCAAUUCAUUUCAUAAUUCAUAUGUUGAUAGUCUUGCGUUUAGGAGAAUAGUUUCUGGAGAUGGAUUUAGUUGUGGUAUUAGUAAGCAAGGCAAUGUGGUUUGUUGGGGACCCAGAUCAGCUAAUUUAAGAGUUCCAGAUGUUUCUAGUGAUUUUGAAAUUUUGGCCUCAGGUAGGAAUUCAGUUUGUGGAAUUAAAAAUAUGUCUAAAGAAAUAGAAUGUUGGGGUGAUGAUAAUGAGUUCCGUACUCCACUUCUCGGAACUCAAUUUGUGAGUCUAAGUGCAGGAGCACAUCAUUAUUGUGGAGUUCGAGAAGAUAAUCAUGGAGUUGAGUGCUGGGGGAAUCUUGAUUUAUCAUCAAUUCCAAAAGGUUCUGGUUUUAUGACUCUUGCUUCAUCAGACUACACUACUUGUGGGGUUAGAGAGGUUGACUUAGUUCUUGAUUGUUGGGGUGUUCAUGCGCAAUCCCUUCCAGAUUAUAGCCCACCGUUGCAGUUAUGCAGCCCUGGUAUGUGUUCACUAGGCUCAUGUCCUGAUGGGAAGUUUGCAUUCAAUGCAAGCAUCCUGAAUGAACCAGAGUUGACUAGUUUAUGUAUUAGAAAGGAUUUGACGAUUUGCUUGCCUUGUGGUACAAAUUGUUCAAAAGGUUAUUUUCCCUCAAGCAUGUGCAGUGAAAAUGCUGAUAGAGUAUGCACUGCUUGUUCACUUUGUCAAAAUAGCUCUUGUUGGGAUGUCUGUGGACUUACUUCUUCAUCAGAGAUUAAACAGCAGGAGCAACAAGAGAUAAAGAAACUAGCAGUCAUUGUUGGCUCUUCAGUGUUAUUUUCUGUCUUCAUUUUACUCGGAUGGUGUCUCAUUCCAAGGACGGUCAAUAUUAAAGAUGGAGAAACCAGAAAAUAUCAAUGUAAUUUUUGUGGAGGGAACCGAGUGGUCCAAACUGAUCUUGACCCAAAUCCACAACCUCCUAUCUCUAUAAUUACAUCUAUUGGAGAGACACAAGUGUUCCGGCUUUCAGAACUGAAAGAUGCAACACAUGGUUUCAAGGAAUUCAAUGAACUUGGAAGAGGAAGCUUCGGUUUUGUAUACAAGGCAGUUCUUUCUGAUAGUAGGCAAGUAGCAGUUAAGAGAGCUAAUGCUGCCACUAUAAUACACACAAACAGUCGUGAAUUUGAAGCAGAGUUAGAAAUCUUGUGUGGAAUAAGGCAUAGCAAUAUAGUGAACUUGUUAGGUUAUUGUGCAGAAAUGGGGGAGAGGUUGUUGGUUUAUGAGUUCAUGCCUCAUGGCACACUUCAUGACCAUCUCCACGGAGACCUCUCUCCACUCGAUUGGAACUUGAGAUUGAAAAUCUCUUUGCAGGCUGCAAGAGGACUUGAGUACCUCCAUUACGAAGUUAAGCCCCCAAUCGUUCAUCGAGAUGUAAAGACUUCAAACAUUCUUCUAGACUCUGAAUGGAGUGCAAGAAUUGCAGAUUUUGGACUUUUAAGCAGUAACGAUAAGGAUAUAAAAGGCAGUAUGGAGAGUGAUGUUUAUAACUUUGGUAUUGUUCUGCUAGAAAUAUUAAGUGGAAGGAAAGCCUUCAAUAGGGAUUGUACUCCUGCAGGCAUUGUUGAAUGGGCCUUGCCUCUUAUAAGAAUGGGAAGAGCGGCUGCCAUUAUCGAUCGAAAUGUAGCUCUACCGAGAAAUGUAGAGCCGCUACUUAAACUUGCUGAUGUAGCUGAGCUUGCUUUGAGGGAAAAUCCAAGUGAGCGUCUUAGCAUGUCUAAUGUGUCAAAUUUGUUGGAUCAGAUUGUGAAAAUUGGAUUGUUAUUAUAACCAUACCUUAUGAAAUUACUUCCUGAACAAUUCUUUGAGCAAGUGCUUGUGUGUUGUAAAACAUUUGCAUUUUGUGAGUUCAAAUUCCUUUACUCUUUCACAGAGUGAAAGAACUUUCAAUUGUAUUACAGCAAGGUUUUUGCAGUUCGUCCAUCUACUGAUUUUUUUUUU